AUGCUACUAAUAAAAGUUUUGUAUUAUAUUUUCAGGCUAUUAGGACCAGUUUGCCUUAUUGGAGGAGAAAUUGCAACAGCUGUUGGCAGCUGGCAGUCUUUUAUUGGAAGGGAUGAAUAUGUGGGUGCUUGCGAUUAUAUCGUCACCAAAAGUUAUUUUGAAAAAAUAACAAUUGUUAAAGGAACUGAUGGGAGUUGCGAAGCUUAUAAAGAUAAUGACAAAGAUAUUUGCCAUUCUAGCAAUCAUUAUUUAAAGCAUGACUUUGGAGAAUACCAUUCGCAGACACUAGAAUUAGUUAACAUAUCAUUUGACUAUUACGCAUCCUUACUUGGACUAAUAUGAGCAAUUUUUGUAUCAGUUCACUGUCUAUGCUUUUUAUUUAUUGAAAUCUGCAGACGACAGCGCUACUAUAGAAAUUACUCAUAUUGGCUAGGAAUGUGAUAUACCUUGUUUAUGAGGUAUCCAACCAUCACUUAUAGCUUGGCAACUUUUUUAUUCGGUUCUUUCUGAUAUGAUGACUGUUUAGGAGCAUUCCAAAUAUGGGUUCAUUCGAAAUUUUAUUAUUAUUUAUUAACUCUUACCUUCUUUCUUUCGUUAUGGCCAUAUAUUUACCUUUACAGACUUUUAUGAGACAGAAUCGGACUAAAUCUCACUAAUUUAGGGAACACUUAUAAAAUUGAAAAUAUUUUUAACCCUGCUGAAAGAGACACAACUAAGAGAUGGCAAUAUGAGAUGGUAGGAGGUUUGGUUUCUUUACUAAUAAUUGACUGUAUCAUUGUAUCAAUAAUAGGAUUUAUGUCGCAGGAUAGUGCGUGAAUUUAUCUUGUUAUUGACAUCAGUUUUACUUCAUUUGCGUGGUUAUUAGAGCGCUUCAACGCAAUAAAGUUUAAAUAUCAGAUAGAUGGGAGAGAGUUAAAUGGAAAUAAUCGCAUGAGGAUGCAUGCACAAUAUGCAUUAAUUUAA